AUGAACCGUAGAAAGCAUCCCAGAACGACCGACGAGGUCGAUUGUCCCAAACGGAGAAAGUUUGUCGCUUGUCAACGGUGCCAUUCCCACAAAAUCAAAUGCUCAGGGGAUCAGCCCUGCGCCAAAUGUCGCCAGGUCGGCUGUGCCGAUGAGUGUCAAUACGCGCCGCGGGAUCGCCAGGUCCGACACCGGCAUGCGUUGUCUAAUUGGCAUUUGACUGAUCGAUUUCUGCCAAGUUAUCUGCGACAGUUGCAGGCCGAGAACCAGCGCCUGCGAGAACAACCGACGCCCUCGGUCAACCCGACCGAGCCCGACGCCGAGACCGGUCGCGGCCCGUUGCGAGCGGCAGAGGCGUCUGAGGAAAGCAAUCCCAACGUGCGCAAUCCCUUGAUCGGAGACCGUGCCUGGUUCCACCCCUAUGAUCCUUCAGCGCCGCCCAUCUUCGUGGGUGAGGCGGCGUGCACGGCCUUUGCCACGCGCUUCCGGCGCUUCUUGACCGGCAGCAAUGCGACCGCGCAUAUUACGCGCACGCAGUAUGUUCGGGAUGAGAAUAUCGCCGCUGCCAAUGCGGGCGAUAUCUCAUGGCCGAGUCUGCACCAGGCGCGGCUAUUGCUGAAGAUUGCCCUGCGUCAGAUCGGCUUCAUCUAUCACCUGGUCUUGCGCAAGUCGACGCUGGAGAAGCUCGAGGAGAUCUACCAGAUGGGCGACUUUGAGUGCAAGGUCAACCAGUGCAAGUUCUUUGCCUUGUUUGCGUUUGGCGAGGCCUACUCUAUGCGAAAUGAGCCGGCCUCAGGGUCGAGGGUGCCGGGGACCAAGUACUUUGCGCGUGCGUUGAGCCUGGUGCAGGUGCUGCCGGAAAGAACGAGUAUCACGCACUUGGAAACGCUACUACUACUGGUAUUUUUACGGUCACUCUCUCUGUUCUCAUAUUAUUUGAACCGACGGCACUCCGCCUAUGUCUUGAUCGGGAGCGCCAUGCGCCUGGGGCUAUCCAUCGGGAUGAACCACAAUGUCCCUGAGUCGCAGCUCAUCGAUCCAAUUGAACGGCAGCACCGGGUGCGCAUCUGGUGGACGAUAUAUAUCUUCGAUCGCAUGUGGGGAUCGAAGAUGGGCCUGCCGUCGCAGAUCCUAGACGACGACAUCCAUCUGGACAUGCCGUCCAACAUGACGCCGACGCAGUUGCACGAGGAGCAGUUCUCCGACACGGAAUACCUGAAAGCCAACAUCAGCCUGGCGCGGAUCGUGGGUGAGACAAUCGCCAAGCUAUACAGUCGACGCAAGUACAGCGAAACAUUCCUGCAGCGUGUGCAGAAGCUACUGAAGGCGCUAAAGAACUGGGUGGAAACGCUGCCGGAACAUCUGCGUCUCGACCAGGUAGAGCCGGAGAUGAGUCGGACCCCGGUGGGCUCGCUGCAUCUGUCCUUCAACCAGUGUGUGAUUCUCACCACCCGACCGACCCUCCUGCACAUCCUCAUCAAACUCAGCGAAGCCGACGGCACCCGUUACGAGGACAUUGAGGAGAUUUCCCAACCGGUGCUCACCCUCGGGGAAGCAUGCAUCCACGCCGCGCGCCACUCGCACUCCAUCAUCCUGACACGGUGGAUCAACGGCACGCUCCCGACCUUUGGGUUCUUCCACGCCCAUUAUCUCUUCUCGUCCGCACUCGUGCUAGCCAUGUCCAGCUUCACUCCGAUCGGCAGCCCAGCGGACCUGGGAGCCUUCGAAACGGGAAUGGAGGUGCUGCGGUCGAUGAGCGAGAACGGCAACCUGGCGGCGACGGAAUUCUACCACAACCUGGAGCAGGUCAAAUACUGCCUGGACCGGUAUCUGAGCGAGCGUCGGCGCGACUCUCGUAGUCGCCGGAAUGCAGCCGCAGCCAUUGGCCCGGGAACCGUGUCUGCCAGCGAUGCAGCCGCGUCUGCAGCCGCGACAGCAACCCCGGCAUCAAGCACAGCACCACCACCGCAUGCUUUGACGGAGGGACCAAUGCCAACGGACUUUGGGUUUCAUCCGGCGACAGCGGUAGUGGAGGGGGGUAUCGUGCGAGAUGCGACGAGCGGGUUCACCACAGCGAUGGCAUUUAUGGAGCCGACAAUGCAAGAUUUUCUCGCGCAGAGUGAUUUUGACUUGGGGAUGUUGCAUCCGGUGGAUACAUUUAUGAAUGAUGAGAAUGCGUAUGCGAUGGGGUACAGCUGA